UCAAGAUAGAAUUUGUUUUCUCACAAAAAUUUGUCCCCUCACUAGAUAAUUCCUAUGAAGUGAAGUUUAUAUCUAACCUUUUUUAGCAAGUUUAGAUGCAAAAUAAGACUUACAGGUCUGUAGGCAACCCAAGUCUUAAAUAUCAACUCACAGGACUGUAGCCAAGUCCCAACCCAAUCUGAAGUCUCUGUGCACUCUUGGUUCAGUUACUGCCAAUAAUGUAAUUGUUCAUCUGCAUCUAUCUCUUUCUUCUUGUGAUGUAUUAGUACUACAUUAGCCUUCUUUGUUUGAAUAGGAUGGAAGGGAAAAAUUACGCCAUGGACAAAGAAACCUCCAUCUUUUGUUGAAACCAGAAUUAUCAAACUUAUGUGGAACUUUAAGGCUUCCGUAGAUGACCAUGGAGAUGGGUUUCUUGGGUUGGGGAAGAUGGAGGAGGCGAGCUCUGCCGCAUACUUGGUCUGGGAGGAUCUCAUGGCUGUGCUGCCCAACUAUGGCAGUCCAAGGCCAACAAAGAAGCUGCUCCAGGGCCUCAGUGGGUAUGCGGCUCCCGAACGGAUCAUGGCCAUCAUGGGACCCUCUAGAUCUGGGAAGUCUACGCUUCUUGAUUCAUUGGCAGGUAGGUUGGGGAGAAAUGUGGUUCUCACUAAGAAGGUGUUGCUGAAUGGGAAGAAGAGGAGGCUUGAUUACGGUGUUGUGGCUUACGUGACACAAGAAAAUGUUCUACUUGGGACUCUGACAGUCAGAGAGACCAUCACUUACUCAGCUCACUUGAGGCUUCCUUCCACUAUGAGAAAGAAGGAGGUGCAAGCUGUAGUGGAACGCAUCCAAAAGUUUAUCGUGCCACCAGAUGUUCCUCCUCUCAAAUGUAGAACUUAUGGUUGCUAUUUAUGUGACAUUUGGGCAAACAAUGAUGCUGUGAGAAAUGUUUUGCACAUCCAGAAGGGAACUGUGCCGGAAUGGAUCAGAUGCAAUGAUUAUUUGCAGUAUGCUAAUGAUAUUCUGAGUAGUGUAAAAUACCAGUAUAAGCUCACAAGCCAAGGUUAUCAAGCUCUUGUUUACAGGGUGCUGGUCACAUAGCUCCAGACUACAAGCCAAGGAAGAGCCUGGCUAUGAUUAAGAGAUGGCUUUCACACCAACCACUAUAGUUUUUUUUUUAAUAACAGAUGGCAAGUGUCCUUUACUUAAAAUUUUUGUUCUGCAAAUGUUAUCAUCCUGGAUCUUGUUUGUUCCCCAGCAACAAGGCUGCAAUACUGAAUUUUAAUUUUGCAUGUGGAAUGGAGAUUUAAUGUUGUUUUGAUACAAGUGUUUGUAUAGUUAUACAACAUGAUUUCCAAUGUAUAUGUAGGG